AUGUUAUUCGGGAAGUUCUAUAGCUCACAGGCACUUGGAGGGCACCAAAAUGCACACAAACUAGAACGGACUCUAGCCAAGAAAAGCAGGGAGCUAAGCUCGGUCGUUAGGGCUCAUGGUCAACGUCUGCGGUCACCAACGGCUCCGUUCGAACAACAAAGUCGAGCCAGUGGGUUUGCCGGAGAAAUGAGAUAUGGAGGAAGAGAUGUGAACUGCGUUUCCAUUGAAUAUGGAACUGAGAACGUCGAGGAUGAGUUUAGUCAGCUUGAUUUGUCUUUAAGGCUGUGA